AUGAACACUGCUGAUUUUUUAGAAGAGUUUGGUGAAGAACCUUUCAAAAAUAAGCUAGAUGCCGUUAUGCUUGGUCUUAGUGCAGAGAAUUUCUCACUAUGCCCUAAACAUCCUCGUGUCAAAGAAUUUCACUCUCAAGCUGAAGUUUUAAGACUUCAACAAAUAAUCACUAAGUUCAUAUAUAAGGGAUCACAAUUGAAUCCAUCUAUCUUGAUGCUAUUGGAAGUACUUCAAUCAA